GCCUGUGAUUGGUAACUGAGGAGGGAAAGCCUUGGGAUUUGCCAUGCAUGGAAGGAUUUAUGCUGUGUAUCCGCUAGCUAUAGCCCUCCUUUUGCUCACUGUGGCUAAUAACUUUCUGGAGAAAGUAAAAGGCUGUAGAAAGUCGCAUUGGAUCAUGGAUGCAAUGCUUGUCAGUGAGGAGAGAAACUACUUGGCUAAGGAUUUUAUUUUUUCUAGAGAAAAUUACUUUCUGAACAAAAAGAUAAUUCUGAUUGUUUUUUAUUGAACAGUUUCUGACAAGCUCUUGGAUUUAUUCCUUUUGGUGUAUUUUCAUUCUGCUUGGGAUGAAAUAAUUAACUGAAAAGCAAUAUUUAAAAAAAGCCUACAAACACUUCAGUGGAAACUCACAAGGUCUAUAGACAGAAACUUGAAGAACUCAAUAACUUGCAGACUGCAUGCAGCAGCUCCAUUCAUAAACAGAAGAGGAAAUUAAAAGACUUGAAAUACAGCUUCCAACGGUGCAAACGCAUGUCUAGUCCUGAAGAAUCUGAUCUCAUACAGCAAAUUAACACCCAGAUCAAAGACAGGCAAAAUGUUUUCUUUGACAUGGAAGCCUAUUUACCAAAGAGAAAUGGUUUGUACUUAAAUCUGGUGCUGGGAAAUGUGAAUGUAACUCUUCUAAGUAAUCAGGCAAAGUUUGCCUACAAAGAUGAAUAUGAAAAGUUCAAACUUUAUUUGACAAUAAUCUUGUUACUUGGUGCUGUAGCAUGCAGGUUUAUUCUUCAUUACAGGGUGACAGAUGAAGUGUUUAACUUCCUGUUGGUGUGGUAUUACUGCACAUUGACAAUAAGGGAAAGCAUUCUCAUCAGCAAUGGCUCAAGGAUUAAGGGCUGGUGGGUGUCUCAUCAUUAUGUCUCCACAUUUCUAUCUGGAGUAAUGUUAACAUGGCCAGAUGGACUCAUGUACCAAAUGUUUCGCAAUCAAUUUUUAGCGUUUUCAAUUUUUCAGAGCUGUGUACAGUUUCUACAAUAUUAUUAUCAAAGUGGCUGCCUUUACAGACUCUGUGCAUUAGGGAAAAGAAACCACUUGGAUCUUACAGUAGAAGGAUUUCAGUCUUGGAUGUGGCGAGGGCUGACUUUCCUUCUUCCCUUCCUGUUCUUUGGGCAUUUUUGGCAGCUCUAUAAUGCAAUCACACUCUUUGAACUGUCUAGGCAUACGGAAUGCAAAGAAUGGCAGGUUUUUGUACUCGCUCUCACAUUUCUGCUGCUCUUCCUUGGAAACUUCCUUACCACUUUAAAAGUGGUGCACACUAAGCUUCAGAAAAACAAAGAUGAAAUGAAGAAACUGUGAAACUGGGUUGCAAUGGUGGACACUAAAAUGUGGCAUCUCUCUUCUUUCCACUCUUAGCAAAUAAUUUAUCAGACUGAACCUGGUAAACCACAGCUAUAUUGCAAAUAAACCUUGGAAGAAAUCCUGUUCGUGUUAUGCUAAGAAUGUGAACUCUCCCAGCACAGACUGCUGCACAGUAUUAUGCAAGCACUGCUCUCUAGCCUGCCGCCCUAUUAUUUAAGUGUAUUUAAUACAAAACACAUUUGGUGUUUUUCCUUUGUAUAUAGAGCAGUAAUGUGGCAUGCACCUGCCAGAACAAACACCAGUCUUGGGAGAAAGUGAUAUUUACUGUAAUUCUGUUCCUUCAUCUCUUGUUUUGUUUUUGGGUUGGGUUUUUUGAUCCAGCAUUGUUUUAUUUCUGAAAUUCCAGGUACUGCAUUAGUAAAACUUUUAAAAUGUUUUAGGUCAACCAGUAAUGCAGACCUAACGUUUAUUUCUAAAACUGUUGAUUAAAACACUACAUUUUCAGUGGCCUAUGCUAACCUGCGUGUACUGUGAAACUUGUCCAUAUUUGUACCAUGCUGCUAUGCACACUUUUUAAAAACUAUUUAAAGAACAAACUUUUUUAAGUUAAUGGUUUAAAUGUUAUGUUUUGUCAUUGACUUUGUUUGCAGGAAGCCUGGUGAUAUUCAGCUAGAGAUCAGGUAAUCUGGUCAACCCUGAAAAACGCACAAAAUAAAUAGUACAACACA